UGUGCUGUGAUCAGUAUGUACAAUUCAGCACUGUACAUGUAUUUUACACGAAAAUGGUUUUGAAAAAGAAUAUAAAAGGGAUUUAAAUCAGAAUUUGUUUCACUUUUGCACUUUAUAACUUGGUUCAACUGCAAGAUGAGGACAGUUGAUAAAACAUUGCUACCAUUGCAAUUUUCUACAUGCUAAUGCAGGGAAUUCUGGACUAGUUAAUCUGAUUACUUCAGCAUGGCCACCAAAAAGAAGUUACCUAACAGUGUGGGGGCUGAACGCCCAUCUGAAAGGUCUCGAAAGGAGACACACAAUUCACAAGUGGAACAGGAACAGAUUCAGAAGAGAACAUUCACCAACUGGAUAAAUGCCCAGCUGUCCAAGAGGAGGCCUCCGGUCACAGUGCUUGAUCUUUUUAAUGACCUCAGAGAUGGAUCCAGAUUAUUGGACCUGCUGGAGGUGAUGAGUGAUCAGAGAAUGAAUCGGGAGAAAGGAAGGGGUACGUUUCAGCAUAGAACAAACAUUGAGAAAGCGUUGGAAUUUCUCAAAAGGAAAUCGAUAAAACUGGUCAACAUCAAUGUCUCAGACAUCAUGGAUGGAAAGCCUUCCAUCAUUCUGGGUCUGGUGUGGACCAUUAUCAUGCACUUUCAUAUUGAGGAGCUGGCAAGCACAUUGUCCUUCAGUUCUCGCCAGCCUUCUCUGGAGUCGUUGGCAAGUCUGGACUCUCGUUCGACCAGCAGCAGUGCCCGCAGCAGUCCAGUGCCACCCCAUGGUUCACCCCUGCAUGCCCGUUUUCGUGUAUCUGCCAAAAAAGCCUUGCUGCUGUGGGUGAGAGAGCAGUGCCACAGGGCUGGUUGUACUCUGAAUGUGAAGGAUUUUAAGGGAAGCUGGAGGAGCGGAGUGGUGUUUUUGGCGAUACUCUCUGCUCUUAGGCCCAACUCAGUGAACCUGACUAGAGCCCGAACCAGAACCAACAGACAAAACCUGGAAGAGGCUUUUCUCAUCGCUGAAAGAGAACUUCACAUACCAAGGCUAUUAGAUCCAGCCGAUGUUGAUGUUAGGGACCCAGAUGAGAAAUCAAUCAUGACUUACGUUGCUCAGUUUCUGCAGUACUCAAAAGACACUCCUUCUUCUGAUGAGGAAAUGACAUCAGCCAAUCAGAAGGCUCAGGAAGUCACGUGCUGGCUGGUUCAAGCCUAUGAGGAGCUAAUAGAAGGAUGGGACUCCACUGAGGGGGAGAGCUAUGCUGAGAGAUACCAUGUCUUCCAUACCUUCAUUGUGUCCUUUAAUGAGCAGCGCCGGCCCGUGAUGCCGUUACUUACAGCGAUGAAGAGAACACCUCAGCUCAGCGCAGAGCAGAAAGCACUAAGACGAGCCUGGGACACCCUUGCAGAGAAGUUGCGUGAGUAUAAAACAGAGCUGGACCUGAGUCUCCCAUCUCCACUGGAUUCUGUGGGCCGCUGGCUGUUACGUAUUGAAGAGGUUUUAUCUGCUGAAGAGGACGACUCACUGGAUCAUGCCCAAGCUGCGGAAGAGGCACGCGAGAAACUCGAACUGCUAAAGGUGUGUUUGGAAGAGAUGCCCCACCAUAUGAAGAGGUUUAACAUGUUUCAGAACACAGAUGAAUUUGGAGAGACUCUGGUUCCAAGAGAUAAGAUGGACGAGAUGAAAAGAAGGUUUACCAGUGUUCGUGUAACAGCUAAAUACCACAGCAUUAAGAUAGAAUACCAAGAGCGAAGGCACACGGUGUUAGACCUGCUAAAUCGACUCAAAAUUAAAUUGCGAUCAUGGAAAAGAGCCUACGUUUCCCUGGAGUCUGUUCGUGUGCUGAUGCAGGACUGGAACGAAACCGUGAACAACCAGGAGCUAGCCUCUAUGCUGGAUGGAGCAUUUCAUAGACUCAAAAACAUCGCUACUAAAUAUACCAGCAAAGCUGCUUUGGCUGAAGACUCCACUCAGGUCAAUUGUCAGGUGGCUGAAUUAGAAAGAGAUGUGGCAGCGACUCUGGAGGGUGUACGCAUGGUGAAGGGAACUAUGGCACGUGUGCUAGGUGCGUGGGACACAUACAGUGACACGUUCACAUCACUCCACGCGUGGCUGGAGCAGGGGCAAAACAGGCAGCGACACGGACAAAGAACAGAGGUGACCUUAUCGAUGAUGUCAGAGUGGAAUUCUCGCCAGUCUCAUUUGAAUGAGGUUGGCAACUACCUGAUUGAGGUCACAGACCCGCAGACUAGCCGUGGAAUUUCGGAUGAACUUUGCAAGAUAAAUCUACUCUGGGCCGACUUUUCCAAAAGAGCACAGUUUGCAUUAGCUGAGGAGCCCAACAUUGGCCCAUCUAGUCCUCAGACUGUUCAGUCCCUGAUAAGAGAGGCCAACCAGUUACUGAAAGAACCUGUGGAGGUGGUUUCUGCCCCACUACGAACUUACACUAAGAGACUGCAGCUUGUGAUGAAGAAAAUAAAGGAUGUGGAUCUUGAGGCCCUCUCUCCAUCUCUAGACUGCUCUCGCGAGACCCUAAACAAACUUCAGCAGGCAAUUCCUGAGGUGUUGCAGACACUCUUUGAGGCUGAACAGGUGUGUGAUGAGUUGCGUCUGAGUGUAAGUGGGUUGGACAGUCGCCUGGCUGAACUCCUACACUGGGAAACUGAAGCCAGAGAGCUUCACCAGGUCCUAAAGGAGGAAACACACAGGCGAAAGAGGGGUCAGGACCCCAGAGUUCGUCUGUUGAUUUCAAAGGGACUACAAUUAGAGGGUCAGGUGGUUAUGGAGGAUCAGGAUCUGCAGGUGAUGGUGAUGACCAGUCAGAAGAGUUCACCACUGCAGUAUCUCAUUGCAUCCUACAUGCAGGACAGGGUCCGCGGGGCUGUCGAAAAGUCACAGGAAGCAGUAGGAAUGUUGAGCUCAUUGGGGGCAUGCAGAGAUAGAAGUCCUGCGAGAGACCAACCACCUGCUAAGAUCUUUGUUCAGCCUCAAGAAGCACCCCAAUCACAAAAGGCUCAAACAGUCAGCUCAAGUCAGCGUUCACCCUCAGGAGCUCAAGGCCAAACAGACCCCCAGCCUGCAGUCAGGGCUAAAGUCCCAGCAUCCUUUCAAACUCCCUUGGCGGUAUCUUCUCAAGCUGUUGACCGCAAGUCGGAACCAUCUAGUGAGCCUUUGCCCAUGAUUGUUGUACAAGAAUAUGACGAAGAAAACAAAAGUCUGCAAGUACACACCUUUGAGCAAUGGGAACACUCCAAAUUCACUGAAAUGAAGUCACAAGAAGUUGGUCAAUCUCAGGCAAGAAAAGAAAUCCACACACAGCAUUAUGAGGAAAGCCAACAAACUUUAACACAGCCUGUGACUCAACCACAGCAUGUGACUCAACAGUUAGACACCAAUAAUCAGUUGCAGAUGGAAGCUCCAGUUGCUGCCAGUCAACCACAACAGAAACUACAACGAGCAGCACCACAAGCUCAAAAUCAACAACAAUCAACAGCACAGCCACGGAUGAAAACUCAACAACAAGAGAAAAUUCAGAUUGUGUCCACUAUACAAAAACAGCAGGUACAAACACCAGCCCAGCCACAGCCUCAGGUUCAAAAAGAGAUUGCAAUCCAACAUCAGGCUCUGCAUCAGCAGCAGAUGAAAACAAGGAAGUCCCAGGCACGGAACAGACCUUGGCUUCAGCAGAAGAGUCAUUUGGAAAGUGCUAACCAAACUCCAGCUCAAGUGGUGGCAUCUCACAUAGAGCCAGAGUACAGAGGUCAAAUAAGUUUUCAAGCACCACUGCAGACAGCUGCCACCAGCUCACUGGGGGCUGGAAUAAUUGUACAGAGUGAGGCAAAGCAAGUUAAGCAGACACAACAAUUUACACACCAUCAACAACCUCGAACAACUUCAGCACCACUAGUGAUUUCAAUACAACCACAACAGCCAUUAACAAUUCAUCAAGUUUCGACCCAACAACAUCAAACCUCUAUUUCAACUCAAGCUCAAGUAACAACACAAAAAGAACAAGCCAUUGCACCUACUCAGGAACAAAUGAAACCCAAAACACAGAGUGCAAUACCAAAACCUCAAACGUUGAUUCAGGAACAGACACAACAUCAGUCCAUAGCUCCCACGCAGCCACAUGGCCCAGUUAUGGCCCAGUGGCAACCACAACAGACUGUGGCCCAAACACCUUCAGUGCCCCAACCACAACGAUUUCCAGUGCCUCAAGGAAUGCCCCAAAGCAUUUCCAGAUCAGCAGUCGAACAGCCCCCAACAUCUGUUCAACCACAAGUAAUGAUGCAGAGGCAACAAUCACCUUUUCAUUUUCAAACUAAAUCCCUGCAACCCUUACAGUACCCUCAGUCUGUGAUUGCCCCUCAACCCAAAAGUUCAUCUCCCAUGCAACCCAGAAUCAUCUCUAUGCCUCAACAUCAGAUGCCUGUCCAGCCUGAAGUCCAACUAAUUGGUCAAACCCAGCUCAUAUCACAGGCCAGUGCACCAUCUGUGGUUCAACCACAAGAGCAACCUCAGUGGGGUCCCAUUACCCAAACUUACCCUCAAGUCCAAGGACCUAUUUCUGUCACUUCUCAAAUGCACCCUCAUUUCCAGAAGUAUCCCCAAUCUCAAAGUGUACAUCUAUCUCAACAUCCGCAAUGGCCUCCAAUUAGACCAGACAUAGUGACCCAGACCUACACCACUCUCCAAGCUCCAGGUCAGGUACAAAUCCAACCUCAAAUGCCAAGUUAUACUAAAACCCAGCCUCAGCAGUGGCCCUCUCCUGGACUUGAACCAUUGCCCCAUCUUUAUGGAAAGAUAAGACCACAAGGUCUAGUUCAGCAAAUGGUUCCUCCUCAGCACUGGAGGCCUGUCGGUCCAGUAUACACUAUAGCAGAGACUCAAAGUCCUCAAUACUCCCAAUUUCAAGCUCUACAGAGAUCACAGAGUCCUCAACAACAGUGGGGUUCAGUCCGGGCUGAACACCAGCCCCAGGUCUCUGCCCAGACUAUGUUUCAAGGUGUUCCUCACACAGUAGCUCAAUUGAAUUACCCACCUGCACAAGCUCCCACAAGACCUCAAAGUCCACAGCAGUUUCAGCAAACUCAACUGGGACCACCUAAAUCAGAAACUCCAUCUCAAAUUCCUAUCCAAAGCCAAUCAUCACAGCUUCAGUCCCAAGUCCCAACAAAUCUCCAGUCAUCAACACAGGAACCAUCCCAACAGCAGUCAUCUACUAGAUUUAAGCAGCCAACACUUGCCCAGGCGCCUCCUCAGGCAUACACUGAAGCUUAUAUGAAAGCACAGGCCCUGGUUAGGAAUAGAUUCGAAGAAGCCAAGCACUGUCUUCAAGAGCAUAUUAUUGAAGGUAUCAGUAUAUUCAAGGACAAGCAAAUGACACGUGAACAGGCAUCAGUUAAAGAGGAGACAUUGAAGGCUCUUGAUUCUGAGCUUCUUGAAGAGUUUUUGAGGGCAGCUGAGGGGAUGGAAGCGUUCUGCACCCCGUCUGAACUCAGAGACAUGGAAUUUUUCACCCAAUCUGUUAGCACACAGUGGGAGGCUGUAAAAGCUCACAUUUCUGAAUAUAUGAGGCAACUCAGAUAUGAGAUAACCCGCCAGCAUUUUAACCGUGUAGUUGAGGCUUGUGAGAUGCACUUUAGAAGACAAAAUUUCAACCAUACACCAGAAUCAAUUUCAGAAUCAAAAAACAAGGCCUGUUUUUCAGCAGAAGGCAGUCUGGCACAGGCAGGACAGCAGCUGGAAGCUCUGAAGGAGUUGUGUGAUACUCUUAGCCCCGAGGAUGCUCACAGGCUUGCGCAGGCCCAGCUCAGAGAGUGCGAGAGGAGGCUCGCUGCCAUUCAGAGGCAGUUCAGUGGAGAACAAGACACACCUCCACCAGAAAGCAGGUCUCAAAUGGACCAAACAAAAGAGCCAUCUGCUCAGAAAGCACAAACGGUCCCAGCAGCUGCUGAGAAGCCCAAAGAGGCGGCUACAGCCGUCAGCCCACCACAGCCAAGAACUGUGGAGAAGAGAGAAAUAGUGAAACAAACAAGUACUGAGGAGGACAGGUACCGCAGCUGCAGGUUUGCACUGUUGGCUCAGCUGAACAGAAAUGAGCAAUGCAUGCUGGCAGAUCGUCCCUCAGAAUCAGUCACUCCCACAGACCUGCAAAAACGACUCAAAGAAUUAAAGUGUCUCUGGGAUGAGACAGAGUCAUUGUGGAAGGAGUAUGAAACGGUGUGCAUGCAGUCUGCACAGUUUAAAGACCGCACUGUUGAUCAGGACCGAAUGGAGCUUACUGUCAGGUGGAGAGACCAGAGGUCCCAGUUACAGCGGGGGGUGGAGUCACUGGGAGCAGCUCUGGAGCUAAUGAACUCAGUUGAGCUGAAGAUCUCAGAGAUUUCUGAAAGGCUAGACAAGUUCAUCAAAGAACCUAAAGAUAUUAAGGGAUACAACCUAGCCAACCCUGCCAUACUGAGAGAUGUGAAGGACUUGGAUGAAAGUAUGCAAGCAGAGAUAGACCGCCUCUCUCGAUUUGACUCUGAGCCCAGUCAUCUGGACCUGCGUGACCGGUCACCUCUCACUCAAGUGGUUCUGUAUCACAGAUCCAGCCUGGAUCGGCUCAGACAACAGGUGCGCAAGAGCGACGCUGCAGCCCGUGCCCUCGAUCGCUUCCUCAUGUCCCUGCGCACUGUGGAGCUGGAUGUGUCUUCUGUACAGAGCGCACCCAGCAGUGACCCCGUGGUACUGCAGGACAGCAGGUCUAAAUUGACAUUAAUCAGGAAGGGAGUCAGCAGCCUCAAUGAUAAAGCUCCACAGCUGGACCAGCUCCUGGGUGGAGCACAGCUCGAGGUGACUCAGGAGGGUAAACCGGUUUCCUGUCUGGACAUGGUGGGAGUCCUGGUGCGCCAGGUGGAAGAGGUCGAUGAGAGGUUGAUGGUUCGACAGAAGGACGUUCAGAAGGAACAACAUAGCCAGGGAGUUGGCUUGAGGAGGAAGACCAUGCUUGCUGAGCUGAAGAAGGUGCAAGGGGUGGCAGAGAAACAGGGUCUAAAGGAUCCCACCCUUCCAGCUGUGCAGCACAGGAUACGAUCGCUGUCCGAUCUGGAAUCUCAGCUUAACUCCCUUCGCCCGGAAUACCAAAGCAUCAAGAUGUCUCCCUCAUCACAGAAAGAGCAGCCUGACCCUGCAGAGGAGGAGCUAAACUCUCUUUGGGACGAGACAGAGAAGGCUGUAUCUGACAGGCAAGACCAGUGCACUGUUUUAAUGGAACUGCUAAAGAAGUUUCAGAGCUGUCGCAGUUACCUUGGCAACACUCUACAGAGGGCGGAGCAAACCAUUAAUGAGCAGGCAUCAUAUAUGGGCAAAGACAAUCUGCAACGCCUUCUCACAAAAGUCAUUGGUAUAAAGGAGGACCUCGGUGGUCUCGGAUCCAAGAUAGAAGAGUUCAGAGCCGUGUGUAGAAAGUUACAGUCUCAGCUGAAGAAAAUUCCUGAUUGCUCAGAAACCCCAUUUGAGGCCGAGGCGGAUGGUUUGGUCGACUCGUGGCUGGAUGUUUCAGAGAAGACCGAUAGUUACAUGGAUAACCUGCGUAUGGGUUUGGAACUAUGGGAGAAACAGCUGGCUCUGGGUGGAGAGGUGGACAGCUGGACGUCCACUAAACUUAUAAUUUUCUCAGAGUCUCACCCUUUCACCAGCGAGAGUGAAGUUCUUAGUAUGAAGAAUGAGAUUCAAACUCAGGAGGACAACAUUGAGCACUUCCACAGAAAGUCAUUAGAGAUCCAAGAACUUCUACAGAGCAAAGAAUCUCCUCUCGAACUACAGGUAAUAGAAACAAACCUGAGCAAGAAAAUGGAGCAGGUGAAAGAGCUCUUCUCUGACUGCACUGACGUGUUUGAGGAGCUCCUCACAGUCAAAGCUCAUCUAACUCAGAAGAUCGAUACCAGUCAGUCAUCUGUGGAGAACAUACGUUCCGCUGUAGAAAUGGUCCAUUCAGAAGACCGCGUACAGAUGGAAGCACAGUUGCAAGACCUGUGUGAACAACUAUUGGAGCAGGAGGAGCAAGCUGAUGCUCUGCUGAAGGAGAUCUCUCUCAUGUUCAGCAUCACUGGACCCGAGGCAAUGGAGGACCUGAUCAAUCGAAGCAAGCAUCUUAAAGAGAGGAUUGCUGAAACAAAGAAUCUGAUUCGUCAGAAGAAAGAUGAAGGGGAGAAGAGCUUCCUUCAGACUAUUAAAGAAAAGUUCAACUCGUUUGAGGAAUGGUUGCAGGAUGAGCAACUCUCAGUGAAUGAGUGCUUUGAGAACCCAGAGAGGAGGGAGGAUGUGGAAGCGUCGAUGCAGAGACUGACAAGUUUUCUGUCAUCCAAAGAAGGAGAACAGCGUCUUGGCCAGUUGAAGGAGAUGUUUGAGAGAAGCGGAAUGGAAAAAAUCCCUUCUGAAGCUCAGGCUUUACUCUCCACAUGGCAACAGGAACAGGAAGGAGAACUGGCCACUCUCAGAGCUCACUGCCAUGGACGACAUAAACAGCUAGAUGACAUUAUAGAUAAUCUCAACAAUUUGCAAGAGGAACAUAACCAUUUGAAGGAAUGUCUUCGGCAGAGAGAGGACGUGCCUUUGCAGAGAGAAAAACUCAGACAUCUGCAAGAGGAGUUACUUCAAGAAAGUGGUCGUGUGGAGGCUUUCCAUGACUUGUUAUCCACUGUAAGGAUGCGUGGCCUGAGAGGUGACCCUCUGCUUAAGGACAGCGAAGCCCUGAUAGAUCGAUACCACAGCAUGGGGAUUAUUUUGGAGAACCAGGCUCAGGUCCACAAGGCCCUCGAUGAUCAAGCAGAAACAUUCCAGACCAAUGCAGAGCAGACCAGAGCCUGGAUCAGAGAUUUUAAGCAGGGACUAGAGACACUUGAAACGGACACUCCAAAACAAAUGAAAGCUCAGGCUGUUCUUAAUCUCAGUACUGAAGGAGAUGCCAAACUAGUGCAUCUGAAGGAAGAGUUAGAGGCUUUAUGUAAUCAUGAGAUACUGGAGGAUGCCAGAAAACAUGAGUUUAUUCACUCCUUGGGAAACAUGGAAGAUGAAUGGAAAAGAGCUAUGGACAGUGCUCAACAAUUAAAAAACCAGGCAGAGCUUCAAGACUCUCUCUCCAGAGAACUACAAGUCUUCAAGGACCAGGAAGAGAGCACCCGGUCCUGGAUAGGAGAACAAUUGAAAAUCCUCCACUCUCUGGGGAAGGAUUUUCAGCCACAGGAAAAACUCAACAAAUUACAGGCUGUUUUAGACCUUCAUCAGGAAGCUGCUUCCAGAUUGGCCAGUUUAAAGAGACAAAGACAAAUCAUAUUCUCAUAUAAAGAACUUGACAAUGAGAGGAGGAGCCACAUUGACCAAACCCAGAGCACGGUAGAGGAGGAGUGGAGGAAAGUGGUACAACUCGCUCAGGAGCUGGAGAACCAGGUCAAGCAUGACGAUUCUCUCUUUAGAGAGUUGCAGACUUUUGGUGAUCAAGAAGAAGACACUCGCUCCUGGAUUAGAGACCUGAGAGAAAUCCUGAAAUCGCUUGAAGUACCGUUAUCCAUUCAGGAGAGAAUGCACAGAAUUGAGGGAAUACUUGCUCACAAAUCUGAGGGUGACUUUAAACUUGCUGACUUGAAAAGAAAAGGAGAAAGUCUAUGUUUCCGCGAAGAACUCGAGGAGGACAAACGUCUUACAAUCCAACAGAAUUUACAAGGUUUACAGGAAGAUUGGACAGGAGUUAUGACAAAAACUGAGGAGCUGAAGGACCAAUCAGAACUUGAGGAAUCUCUUUCUAAGGACCUUCAGGAUCUUCAAGAACAUAAGGAGAAUACUCAGUCCUGGAUCAGAGAGCUACAGAUAAAGAUUGAAUUACUGGGUGAAGAUACUCAGCUACAAGAGAGAAUUACGGGAGCUCAGGCGAUCCUGAACUCAGAAUCAGACGGAAAUUGCAAGCUUGCCGCUCUGAGGAGAGAAGCAGAAGGUUUGUGGUCUCGAGCAGGGCUGGGCGACAAGAGGAAGCAGGAAAUCCAUCAGAACCUAAAAUCCAUUGAAGAAGAAUGGAAGAAGGUCAUAGUUGGUGCACAGGAACGAAAGAACAAGGCUGAGCUUCAGGAUUCUCUUUCAAGGGAGCUUGAGAUCUUCCAUAACCAGGAGGAGAGCAUUAGAAACUGGAUGAAGAACAGAAAAGAUGACCUGGAAUCACUGGGGAAAAGCACUUAUGGCACACAAGAACAGAUUGAGGAGAGACUGAACAAAGCACAAGCGAUUCAAACAUUUCGCUCUGAAGGCAACUCCAAGAUUGCAGACCUGAAAAGGACUGCGGACGAUCUGAACAUCCGUGAAGACCUGGAUGAAGACAUUAAACUUUCACUCAGUGACAAGAUAAAACGUUUAGAGGCAGAAUGGAAAGGGACACUGCAGGAGGCUCAGGAGCUCCAUAGUCUUCUGAGAAGUGUAGUGGAGCGCCUGGAGUCCUGUCACUGUCAGAGGGAGCAGCUUCAGUCCCGUCUGGAGCAAGUAAAACAGCAGAUAGCUGCUCUACCUCACCACUUCCCCUGGCCUGGUUACGGGGAUCGAAGGCACACAGUAGACCAGGCCAGGAGUCUGCUGGACCGCACCAGAGCCUUGACACCAUCUCUUUCUGCUCUUCGAGCACUCGGAAGAGAGAUGAGCCAGCUGACCCGGGAUUCCAGCUGGAUUGACCCAUCCUGGGUCACGAUGGAGGAGUGCAUACCUGAAUUAAUCGAAGAGCUUACAGAAUUUUGUGUAAAUCUUGAGAUGGAAGUCCGGAAAGAAAGAGUUUGUGCUCAGUUAGUUGAGCAGCACACCGUAGCCCAGGAUUGGCUGAGAGAGCAGGUCAAAGCUUUCGGUGCUCUGCCCACUGAACGACGGGGGUUACAGAACUCCAUAAACACUCUUAAGGCUCUUCUUCAGACUGUAGAGAGGGAAAAGAAGGAGAUGAAAGAACUUGAUGCUGUUAAAAAUUCCCUGUUGGACAUCUGCACACCAGGAGGUCGUGAUACCCUGAUCUUGGAGGUCAGCCACCUUCACGAUCUCUGUGUGUCCUCGGAGGAGGCGAUGAGGGAACAGUUAGUAGUGUGUGAGGCCAGAUUGGGUGAUAUUGAGACCAGGAUCGCCGACAGAGCACUGAUUCUCAGAUCACAGGCAGAGAGCCUCCUGAGUGAGCUGCGUAUUCAAGAUAACUCUUUAGGAUUUCUAGAAAGCAGCCAAAACAUCAGCCAACUACAAGAAAAUUGGCAUAACUUCAAGAUUUGUGAAAAGGAGAUUGAAGCUUUCGAGGGCAAAGUUCGUGACUUAGGACAGGUCCUCCGAAUGGCCCCCACAAAUGAGGUGCCCCCUUGUGAUGUCAUUUCUUUAGUGGACACCGUUACACAGCAAUAUUGCAGUCUUCGGUCAAAGCUGUUGGAAAAGCAGAAUGACUGUGCAGACAGCACUGUGCAGUGUGUUAGACAGGCCUUACAAAACAUACAAUCCUGGAACCAGAAGAAUCAUGCAAAUCCUCCUAGCAAUUCAGCCACGUCCAUGCAGGCUGCAAUCGAGGAAUGUUCGAAACUUCGUAAAAGCCUGCAGGUGGCUCUGUCCCAUGAGCAGUUGCUCAGGGAUUGUCUGGGUCCUGAUUUAGCUGGAAAACUUGAAAGAGAUGGAACAAAAACACUAAACGAAACGGACACUCACAUCAGUUUUCUUAAACAGGAGCUUAAGAUUCUCGAGGAGAAGGUGAAACAAGAAACUGAGAGGUUGUCAAUGCAGACUCAAACCAUCCAGCAGGUCUCACAGGUUCCCCGUAUGAUUACAGAAGUUAAAUUUAAACAGUCAGAAAUUGUUUCGCCUUCAUCCUUUACCACUGAGAGCUGCUUGAAGACAGGAGAUAAUGAACAGGCUAUUAUACAACCAUCCGAAGACCCAGACAGCGAGAUCCCUGUAUGUGAAAUCUCAGAAACUACAACCGAGAUAGAAAUGUACAAGACAAGACAAUCGCUACCAACGUUAGAAUCUGACACCCAACCUGUUGAGCUCAAAACAACUGCAUCAGAGAUAAUACCUGAAUUGGACACAAGAGUAUGCGAAACACCUGUUCUUACAAGCAGCAGUGAACCGAAUAAAGAGGAAUUGAGUUUUACCUCUGUUGAUUUGGCAACAAUGCCCGAAAAUGAUGAUGUAAUAGAUGAAAAGAUGCAGACUCCCUCAUCUGAAGCACUCUACCUGGCAGCCUCUGUCAAAGACAUUGAAUUACAUGAUAUUGAAAUCCAUGAAAGCCAGUUUUCUACUGAGGUUUUGAGUUCAGACUUUUCUUCUGAGAAGCUGGAGAGCGAAAAGCUUGAGGUAGGAACUGCAGAGAUAGAAGAGGACAAUGAGGACACAUUUAUUCCUGAUUCCCAGGAGCAGUGUGGUGAGGGUAGCAAAAACGUUGCUGCACUCAUUUUAGAUGUGGAUACAGUGCACAUACAGAUUGUGGACACUGACAGUACAACAGAAAGCUUAAUUUUUACAAGAACAAUUACCGAUGAAAAUGCAAUGAGGAAACAAGAUGGGGAUGCUUUGGCACCUCCAAAGACUGAAGAUUCUGAGAUGGCUAUAGAAGCAAAGUCCACUGAAUCUUCUCUGCAUGAACCAGGUGUGGUGAGUAUAUCAGAGGGAAGUUCAGGAAUAACAUCCGAUCAGUCACAGCUCUCCGAUACUGCCACUAACAAAGAAGUGCAAGCUACACAAGCUCCACCCACUGAAACCCAAGGCGCUGGGGAUACUCCUGAAAGAAGUAUUGAAACGUUAACUUGGAACAAUGGUCCAACCGUUGCACAAGCUGACAGAGAGGGGAACUGGGCUGCAGAUAAUGGCCCACGUGAACUCCAACGCAGAUAUAUUGUUCUUGACUUCCCAGAGGGGAUGGAGAUGCAGAGACGGACUGCCACUUCUUUUAGAGAACCAACUGAGGCAGAAAUUCAGGGAUACACACAUCCAGCAUCAGAAAGAGUGGAGACAGAAGGUGAGAUUCUGUCUGCUGAAGAUGAUACGGAGGUUCUUGACAACACAAAUAAGCAUUUAGAAGCAGCAGAGAUGACUGAGCCCUUUGAAGCAAUCCCAGAUGUACCAUCAAGGAAGAUGAAAGAUUCAGUCACUAGUGAAAGUUUGUCCUUUGAUUUUGAGAUCAUGAAUGUCAUUCAAGAGGAAGGAACAGACCAGACCCCAUCAGAAGAUAAAGAACAAUGUAUUACAUUGGAACCUGUAUCAUCAACACCAUUCAUACAACGAUACCAAAGUGCAACUGGUCUCCAGUCAGACAAGGUCGAUGUUUUUCCAACACAGGAGAAACUUGAAAGUGAAGACAGUAUGUAUAUUAUUGAAGACACACAAGCAAAAACAACCCCAUCAGGGGAAAAAGCAAAAUCCAUUGAGUUUGAAUCCAAACAAAUGUCAUCUGUCCCUUCACAAGUGCCUGAGGGUGAAACUGUGGUCCAGUUAGACAAGGUAGAUAUCUCAUUAACACUGGAGGAGAAAUAUGAAGUUGAAGAUAUCGUGCAUGUAAAUGAAGAGGAAGAGACAAAGACAACACCAUUAGGUAAUAAAGCACAAUGCCUAUAUGCUGAACCUAAGCCAACCCCACCAGUUAGACGACGAAAUGAGGGUGGAACCGAGGUCCAAUCAGAAAAGAUAGAUGUUUCAUUAACACCAAAAGAGAAAACUGAAGUUGGAGAUACCACUAAUAUAAUUAAAGAAAUAGAGGCAGAAAAGACCCCAUCUGGUAAUACACAGGUGAUAGCACAACCAAUCAAAUUUGAACCUAAACAUGUGCAAGCCAUAAGCCAAGGAGCUGAGGGAGAACCUGAAAUACAGUUAGAUAAGAUCUCAUCUACACCAAAGGAAAAUCCUGAAAGCGGAAACACUAUGUAUGUAAUUGUAGAGGAGGUGGAAAAGAUAUCAGCAUCAGCUGAUAGACCACAAUGCAUAGAAACUCUACCUAAACCAACACCACCAGUCAGGAGACAGACUGAAGACAAAACCAAUGUAGAGUUGGAUGUCAUACCAACACCUCCCAGCAGACGACGCAAAGGUGAUAGGUUGUCUCUAAACCUUGAAUCACAGAUUCUUGAGGGAGAUGUCCUUCCCACCCCUCCAAGCCGAAGACGUAGAGAGAAAAUGGGAAGUACCCUUUCCCUCAAUCUGGAUUCUGAACCAACACCACCAGGUAGGCGACGUAAAGACAGAGAAAAUCGAAGAUUUUCACUAGAUCUGGGAGCCCAACCAACACCACCAGCAAGAAGACGUAAAGACAAAGAAGAUCAAAGAUUGUCAAUUGAUCUGGGAGUCCCACCAACACCACCAGGAAGAAGACGUAAAGAUAAAGAAGAUCAAAGAUUGUCACUUGAUCUGGGAGUCCCACCAACACCACCAGGAAGAAGACGUAAAGAUAAAGAAGAUCAAAGAUUGUCACUUGAUUUGGAAGGCCAACCAACACCACCAGAAAGAAGACAUAAAGACGAAGAAGAUCGAAGAUUGUCGCUUGAUCUGGAAGCCCAACCAACACCCCCAGAAAGAAGACAUAAAGACAAAGAAGAUCGAAAAUUGUCGCUUGAUCUGGAAGCCCAACCAACACCCCCAGAAAGAAGACGUAAAGACAAAGAAGAUCGAAGAUUGUCACUUGAUCUGGAAGCCCAACCAACACCCCCAGAAAGAAGACGUAAAGACAAAGAAGAUCGAAGAUUGUCGCUUGAUCUGGAAGCCCAACCAACACCACCAGAAAGAAGACGUAAAGACAAAGAAGAUCAAAGAUUGUCACUUGAUUUGGAAGGCCAACCAACACCCCCAGAAAGAAGACGUAAAGACAAAGAAGAUCGAAGACUGUCGCUUGAUCUGGAAGCCCAACCAACACCCCCAGAAAGAAGACGUAAAGACAAAGAAGAUCGAAGAUGUUCGCUUGAUCUGGAAGCCCAACCAACACCACCAGAAAGAAGACGUAAAGAUAAAGAAGAUCAAAGAUUGUCACUUGAUUUGGAAGGCCAACCAACAUCCCCAGAAAGAAGAAGUAAAGACAAAGAAGAUCGAAGGUUGUCGCUUGAUCUGGAAGCCCAACCAACACCCCCAGAAAGAAGACAUAAAGACAAAGAAGAUCGAAGAUUUUCGCUUGAUCUGGAAGCCCAACCAACACCACCAGCAAGAAGACGUAAAGACAAAGAAGAAUGUGAGAAGCCCACUGUUAAACCAACCCCAACUGUAAGACGCAAUGUUAGCAGGGUAGAAGCAGAUGUAACUUUGGCAGUUUGCACACCUCAAGAAGAGGUGACCUUUGUGACACCAACACUAACUACAAGAAGAAAAGAUAGCAAAGUUGAAAAAGAAGAAAUGGCAGCUGCUGAUGCAUUGCAAGAAGAGAACAGCAUAGUUAAACCAACUCCACCAUUGAGACGAAAGGACAGUCAAGCAGAGACUGAGAUGGUUCUAGCAACUCCACCAACUAGGCUAAAGAAAGAUCAAUCUGAAAACAACAUAGUUCCAUCAGUGGCAGAAGAUUCACAGGUAAUACCAACUCAACCAACCAGAAGAAAGACAGAUGAAUCUGAAACUGACAUAGUUCUAUCACUGGGGGAAGAUUCACAGGUAAUACCAAUUAUGCCAACCAGAGGAAAGAAAUAUGAAUCUGAAACUGACACAGAUCCUUCAAUGGAGGAAGAUUCACAGGUGAUACCAAUUAAGCCAACCAGAGGAAAGAAAGAUGAGUCUGAAACUGAAAUAGUUCUAAUAAUACCAGAGGAACCACAUGCCAUACCAACUCCACCAACCAGAGGAAAGAAAGUUGAAUCUGAAACUGACAUAGAUCCAUCAAUGGAGGAAGAUUCACAGGUAAUACCAAUUACGCCACCCAGAGGAAAGAAAGAUGAGUCUGAAACUGAAAUAGUUCUAAUAAUACCAGAAGAACCACAUGUCAUAGCAACACCACCAAUCAGAAGAAAGAAAGAUGAAUCUGAAACUGACAUAAUUCCAUCAAUGCCAGAAGAACCACAUGUCAUACCAACUCCACCAACCAGAAGAAAGAAUGAUGAUUCUGAAACUGACAUAGAUCCAUCAAUGGAGGAAGAUUCACAGGUAAUACCAAUUACGCCACCCAGAGGAAAGAAAGAUGAGUCUGAAACUGAAAUAGUUCUAAUAAUACCAGAGGAACCACAUGUCAUAGCAACACCACCAAUCAGAAGAAAGAAAGAUGUAUCUGAAACUGACAUAAUUCCAUCAAUGCCAGAAGAAUCACAUGUCAUACCAACUCCACCAACCAGAAGAAAGAAAGAUGAUUCUGAAAUUGACAGUGUUUCUUUUAAGCCAGAAGAUCCACAGGAAAUACCAACUCCACCAAUCAGAGGAGAGAAAGAUGAAUCUGAAACUGACAUAGUUGCAAUAAUAUCAAAAGAUCCACCGGUAAUACCAACUCCACCAACAAGAGGAAGGAAAGAUGAAUCUGAAACUGACAAAGUUCCAAUAAUACCAGAAGAUCCACAGGUAAUACCAACUCCACCAACCAGAGGAAAGAAAGAUGAAUCUGAAACUGACCUAGUUUCAAUAAUACCAGAAGAACCACAUGUCAUACCAACACCACCAAACAAAAGAAAGAAAGAUGAAUCUGAAACUGACAUAAUUCCAUCCAUGCCAGAAGAAUCUUUUUUCAUAACAACUUCUCCAACCAGAAGAAAGAAAGAUGAUUCUGAAACUUACAGUGUUUAUUUUAAGCCAGAAGAUCCACAGUCCAUACCAACUCUACCAGCCACAAGAAAGGAAGAUGAAUCCAAAAGUGACAUAGAGCCAUUAAUGCCAGAUGAUCCACAUAUCAUACCUUCACCACCAACCAGAAGAAAGAGGAAUGGAUCUGACACUGACAUAGUUCCAUUUAUGCAAGAAGAACCACAUGUCAUACCUUCACCACCAACCAGAAGAAAGAAAGAUAAAUCUGAAACUGACAGUGUUUCAUUAAAGCCAGCAGAGCCACUUGUCAUACCCACUCCUCCAACAAGAAAUGAAGAAAAUUCAGAACAAGAAAAGGCUUCCAUCUUUGUAAGAUUACAGGUGGAAGCCAAUGUUGAACCAGGAACUAAACAGGAAGAAGUAGAGAAGCAUUACAGAGUUGAUCAGCUAUUGAUCACCCAGGAGCACCAAGAGGAAGGCGAGGACUCUUUUUCCUUGGUGCAAGAACCCAUUGAUGUAUUGAGUCAAAUUGAGAGCAUCUGUGAUAUGCAGCUACAGGAUCAAAAAGGGGAGAUUUCUGCUCAAGCUGUUCUUACCACUGAAAACAUUGAGAGUUCAGAAGAGGAAGUGGAGGAGCCUUUGGGAUACACAAUAAUGGAUAUCUUUACAGAGAUAAAAAAAAUGACUGAAAAAGGAGCAAAGCGUGUUCUAAUAGAGGGUAUGCCACAUAAAAGUACCUUGAAUAUUCUGGACACAUCUAGUGCUGAUCUUGAAGCUCGGUUAAAACGACUAGUGUUUCAUUUACUGGACCUUCGAAAUCACCCAGCUGCACUGAACUCCAAAGACAUGGCCAAACAGCUAGAGGAGGCUGAGGAAUGUAGAACAUGUGCCCAGACACAGGUGUCUAUGCUGUCCAAGCAAGAUCAGGCAAAUGGUGACAUUGAAACCAGCACUAAGGGCACUAUCCAUGAUUCUGAGCUCAUGCAACAACUGAGCGCUCAAUGGAAUGCAGCAUUGUGGGAUGCAGCGAGCGCUGUCCACUCCAAAGAGGCUCAACUACAGAUGGUUGCAGAUUUCGAAAGACAGAUACAGAGAGUCAAAGCAUCUCUAGAGAGACUCAGAAUUGAGCGGGAGGCAUUGAGGAGAUCUCCAUCUGAAAGCAGUUUUGUAGAGGAGGAGAGGCUGCGCUCUUUUCUGAGAAAUGUGGAGCAGGAAAGAUCAGCUCUUGGUGAGCUGAUUCAGACUCUUGCAAAACUAUCACCCCACCUCAGUCCGCCCGAAAGACAUGCAGCAGAAAUACAGGAAAACAACUUACAAAGUCAGUGGAGGGUCCUGGAGAUAGAUGCAGAAAGAGCGCUGUACAAGGUUAAUGCUUAUGCCAAAGAAAGUGCUAGCCUUCUUCAAGAGGUUAGUGCCUUAAAGGAUCAUCUAGAGAACAUACAAAAGACCUUGGAUACAUCAAAAUCCUCACCAGUUUUAUGGGACAGUAGCAGAGCUCAAGAAAUUAUGAGGAUAAAUGCUGAACUCACAUCCAGCCAGCAGCAGUACCUUAACCUCCAGCAGACAUCUGAGGCUCUUGCCCAAUUCAAAGCAGAGACAUCCAGCAUAGAGCAGGAGCUUCAAAACAUCAAGGAAAAGCUAGAUCAAAUGGGGGAAUGGAUAGCAGCUGAAACGCCUACCAGCAGUAACCCAACGUUAAGUAAAAUUGUAAAGGUGAUGACAGAUGCUCUGGCAUGGGCCAAACAGACACAAUGUGAUAUCAAAGGACGGAAAAAGAAGGUGUCGCUGCUUCCCGAAGAAGUCCAUAGACAAAUUAAAACUUUGAAGAAACUGCAAUUGGAGAUGAGCUCUAAGCAAACCCAGUUGAAGACUUUGGUUGAGGAAGUCUCAGAGCUGAUACCCAAAUUAGAAAAGGCUGAUGUUCCAAUGGUCACCAUAUCCUUAAAAUCUCUUGAAGAUUUGUCUAAAUCAACAGCAGGACAACUGGCCGAGGCAGUUCGAGAGAUUGAGUCAGGGCUUCAGACCAGGGAGAAAAUGUCAGAGCAGAUUGCAGAUGUUGAUUCCUGGGUAGUGGGACAUCUCCGGAAAGAGGCUUUGAGAAGAGAGGAUUAUCAGAGUUUGAGUGCGGCAGAACUAGAUCGUAGGUUGAGGCAAAUCCAAGACACUCUUGGAGAGGCAGAAAAACAUUCUGCUCUUACUGAGGCUCUCCUGAUGAAAAGCAAAGACAUGUUUUCGGAACUAAAUGUCUCUGAGAGUUCUCAGCUCAAUGAGAAACUCACUAACCUUCAAGAGGACAUCAAGAAUAUCAUCAGUUAUGAGAAAGCUUGUUGCCAGAAAGUUAUGGAUGUCAUUCAGAGUCAGGAAUCCUCUCAGAGGAAGGUAUCAUCACUUGAGAAUAGUUUGAGACAAAUGCUGAUUGACGUUAAAAGACACCGGUUCCCGGUUACCAAAGACACCCUCUCCUCCGUCGAACCCUUCAAGCAGAUGGUUGUGGAACGCAAAUCUCAGAUAGAGCAAGUCAGCCCUUGUGCAGAAGACAAGAGAAGAGAGCUAUUCUGUGUUAUUACUGAACUGCACCACCAAAUGAACGAAUUGGACCUCAAAGCACAGGAGCAUGAAAGGUACCUGAGUCUUAGGCAGUGUGUCGAAGAUCUCAUGCAAGAUGUUGUGGAUCAGAUUCUACGGACCAAAGAUGUGACAAUUGACAAAGAGGAGCGCUACAGAGAUUGUCAGGCCCUACUGACCAAAAUACCUUUAAUAAAACUCUUGUGCGAGGAAACACAACAAGAACUACACAACAUCAAAAUGGAUCUUUAUCCAACUCAGGUCUCUGCUGAAGAAACAAGAUUUAAGCAAAUCCUAGAAAAUCUUCAAUCCCGUGAAUUGGCAUUGAGCAACAAUCUUCGGAUACUGGAAUGGGAUGUGUUGAAAAAUAUUCAUUACCCAUCAGAAAUAAAAGCAUUUCAGAAAUUCCUUCAAGACACUAAUGAAGAGCUGGAAAUGCCUUGUAACAUCGAACCAAAGGAAAGAGUGAUUGAAAAAGAACUGAGAAAGUGUCUUAUGCUCAGAAAGGAUGUAGAAUCCAGAAUGCGAGUGCUUGAGUUUCUUGAAAAGAGUAAUGUAGCUGAACCUGAAAAGAGGACAAAAAGCUUCAAACAGCUUACUUGCUUGAAGGAUGUGGUUUUGGAUAAGUGUGAUCAACGAAUGGUAAACCUAACAAAAGCCAAAGAACUGUUGAGAAAUUACACCAAGGAUUUGAUUAACACCAUUCGGUUCCUCCAGAGAACCACAUUAGUUGUUCUUCCAUCAGUGUGCUCUGCUAGAAGCUGUUCAGAAAGACUUAAAGAUACUCAGCAAACGUUAUCAAUUCUAGACACAGAGUUCCAGUCACAUAUUUCACAGCUCCAAACUCAAGCCCCACAUCAUCCCUGUUUUAAACCACAGAAAAUUGAGUAUCUUCAGACGGAGGUUAUAGGUGUGCUCUUGGUCAGACUGUCGACCCUGAAGGCCCAAGCCCAAAUUCAAUUGGAAUCACUGAUGAGGUGUGUUGAGUGCCAAAAAGAAUCUCGUAAAUGCUAUGAAGACCUUUGCCAACAAGUGAGAGACUUAGAAACAUCACUGUCACAAUGUACUUCAGAUAAAUCAACUUCACAUAAAGAGUGCAAAGACCAGGGACAGAAACUUAAGGCUCUAGUGGAAAAGGUUGACAUGCUUCCUGGAAAACUGGAAAAUCUAAGAGAGUGGUGUCCAUUGCAUGGCUGCAGAGCCAACAGAGAGGAUGCAGUGAGUGCCCUCUGGGGGCAGGCGGCAAGGUUGCAGCGCUGUGCCAACGAUCUACAGAAACGGACAGAACAAAUGGAACAAGAGUGGAGUGAUGUCACCCAAAGUGUGCAGCGAGCGGCCUCAGUAUUGGACCAGGUGGAGGCCGAACUUCCAGAUACCAACAAACAGGGUAUGUCUGGUGAUGAGCUGCAGGAACUACUGCUGAUCUGGUCCCAGUACCAGGAUAGACUGGACUGUGAACACAGAGCUCUCUCGGCAUUGGAAUUAAGAGCUGCGAGAUUGCUCGGUAUACCCUCUCACCUGGAAAAGGCUCCACCUAUUGCACUAUGCCAAGAACUUCAAGCCCUGCAGGAGCGUUACCAUAGUCUGAAGGAGCGCAGUACUCAGGGUCAGAGGGCAGUGAGAGCAGAGAUGGAGGAGAGGGAACGGGUCCAGGAACAGUUGCUUGGAGUCAAAGAAUGGCUGGAUGCUGCUCUCUCUCUUCUCUCUGUACUGGAGCACGAGCCCAGCAAAAAACAGCUACAGGAGGUCCACUCACAGCUGUGUACCCAGAAGGCCGUUCUGCAGCGUAUCUCGGAAGGCUUGAAAAUGAUGUACUCGAACAGAAACAUGCUGGUUCCUGAGGAGAUAGAGGGUCUAUUACAGGAAGUCUCAAACUCAUUACAGGAAGCGGAGGAGCAGGUGGAAACAGCUGUAGAGAAGAGUGGUCCACUUCACAGGCUGGCUGCUAAAAUCUCAGAGAUUAAAGCAGGUCUGGGAUCAGUUGUGAGCUGGUUAGAGCAGAAGAGCCUGAACUUCAGUGAAGCUGAGAGCACACAGAAGCGUGUGUGGGACGAGCUAGAGGGUUUACACACUCGUUUGACAGCAGUGGAGGUGGAGCUGCAGGACAUGAGCGAGAUGUAUCCAGAUGAGACGCGUAUGAUCUCAGAAAACCUGGCAAAUGCUCAGCAGACGUAUAGCAAACUUACCAAGCAGGCUGAACAGAGGACCAGCUUUCUCAGCAAGGUCCAUGAUUGGCUGAAGGAGCAUGAGGAGAUGGUGAAGGCGUCACAGAGCUGGAUCUCAGAGGCUCAGUCGUGGUUAACAACUGCCAGUACAUACACCACUGCUAGAUGCCUGGACAGCCAUGUAAACGCACUGCAGAUGGUGCUGGAUGAUUCUGCUCAGAUGAGACGAACUCUGCAGCAUUUUGGCAGCGUGUUAACAGAGAUGGGAAGCGUGUUUGAUGUCAGUCUAUUAGGGGAACAACUCUCAGAUGCUGACCGGCGUGUAGCAGACAUGCAGCACAGCCUGCUCGGACCCCUCUCUCAAUUGGAGCAUGCAGCAGCGGAAGUGGACGCCAUUGAGGCAGAAAUGAAGGUUAUGGAGAAAGAUGUGGCCAAAAUCAAAUCUUCCUUGAAUGUUCAAGAGGGCAUCAGUCGGGACAAACUCAAGGCCACUGAGAACAGGAUUGAACUGAUGAAAAAGACUGUGGCUGAGAUCCAAAACUGUAAGGAGGGUCUUUGUCUCCCUGACAAAGCUGAAAACACACUACUAGUGUUCAAACGGGCAGAACUACUACAGAAACAACUCGAGGAAAUAGAACAGCUUGCUUUAGAAUACUCGAUUGAGGUGCAGGAGAUUUUUGCCCCGCUUCCUGAUACCAUCGCCCCGCCCCACAGCAGUGCCACGCCCCACUUUGUUCCACCCACUAUCGCUGAGGAGGAAACACAGGAUACCGGUGAGAUUCAGAUUGUUCACGUUGAGGAGGAUGCAUUGAAGAAAUCAGGAGCGACGCUGAUGACGGUGGGGCAGUCCACACCUGAACAGAGACUCACCUGGAUCUCUGAGAGGGACACAAGCACCCCCACAGAGGCACAGGAGUCUGAAGAAACGGAGAAUCUCUAUGAAGAUGCGGAGAAUACAGAGGAAGAGGAUAAUGAUGAAGAUGAUGAAAGCAGUGAAGAAUCUGAAUAUCAAACAGACAAUGAGCAGGAGGAGGCAAGAGGAAUGUCUGCCUCCUCAAUGAACCCUGAGACGUCAUCCAGUGUGAUCAUGGAGGAAACUUCACCUCUGGUUGAUCCUACAGAGCAGAAACCUGAACAAACAGAAUCAACAGAUUCAGAGGUAACAGUGGACACAGAAGCAGACACAUCUGCCGCUGUAACAGGCCUGUUGGAAGCUUCAUCUGAAGCUACAGAGGCAGACAUAUCUGCCGCCUCUGGAACAGGUGUGUCGGAAGCUUCAUCUGAAGCCACAGAGGAAAGCGAAUCUCUUCCUACAGACAUGGAGCAGGGUGCAUGGCGGGGGGAACAGACCAGUGACACACAAACACUCGCAAACAACAAACAUUUAGAGUCAGAUACAGGGGAGUUCUCGAAAGUACCAUCCACACCAAUCCAGCAUGCUUAUGUUUCAGAGACAACCUUGUAUUUUCCUCACGAGGUGGACUCCACUAAACCCAUAGACACAACAUUAGCUGUUGCACCAGGUCACCCUACACACUCUCUCGCAAAUGCACACAUCCCAUCAAACACAGAGGACAAGGCGUUAGACAACAGAAGCACACAUGACACGCACACACAAGUCACAAACAAACCCCAAAUGGAGGAGACAGAGCCAAUGGCUACAAGCAGAUCUUUGGUCACAGGUGAAGCUGGGGAUUCGGGUGGAUGGUCGUCUGGUGUCGGUCUCCUCGAUGUCUGCCGUGAGAGGGCCAUGCAGCUGGAGGUGUGUCUGGAAAAAGCGCAAAUCAGCCUGAAGGGGUCGAGAGAGGGAGUGCAGGACUUGGCCAUGCAACACAGCGUUGAGCAACAACUUCACACCUGCCAGACGAUUCUGGUCGAGAUUGAGCAGAAAGUCUCCUGUCUUCCCGUGUGUGGGCUGAAGGAACAGGAACAACAUGAGGCUGAAUCGCUCAACACCAAACUCCAGCUGUUAAAGAACAGACUGGUGACCGUCCAGUUGCAGCUCCAGGACAAACACAGCAAAGACCAGGUGAGUGUUGAGAGAGAGAGCCCUCUGCAGGCCAGGUUGACGCGCAGCACCAGUGUGCAAGACAUGCUGAGCUUCUCCAGAGGCAAACUGUUCAGACAGAGCAGUCUUCAACAACAGAAGGAACUGGAGCACGGAUUGAAUGAACAGAGAGAUCUAACCAAAGCCAUCUCAAUUCAGUGCAGCAGAGCAAGAGCACACAGCCAGAACACUGAAGAACACACAAGACCUCCGGUAACAGCAGAGAAUGAAGACAAGAGACAGGAAGAACAAUUAGCAGUCCACAGGAAGUGGACGCACCUUCACAAUCGGUUGACUGAGAGAGAAGAGACACAGCAGGGAGAAGACAAAGAACAGGAUCCACCUGAGAUACUCACUCCAUCUGUAUGUUUGUGGAGUGAAUCAGCCGUUUCUCUUUGUCGUCAGGAGAUACAGUCAAACAUCGCACAUCUUAAAGAGCUGGAGCGCUGUGCAGUUACACAGGACCACCAGUCUCUUGAUGAGGGUCUAUUUGAAGUGUUGAGUGGUGUAAAUCUAACUCUUUGCUCUCUUACACACGCUCUCCUGUUUCAACCAGCCAGCUCUCUGAACACUGACAUAGAAAACCAGCUACAAUGGCUACUGGAUUUAUCCGCCAAUCUGACCUCCUUGGAUGCCUUGUUGUCCUCCGAGGUCUUAAAGGUGUUAGAUUCGGCUUCAGUGGUAUCGGAGACCUCAUUGUGCCUGGACCAGCUGACCCAGCGUGUGUGUGAAGUUCAAAAGACUCUGACUGAGAAACAGGCACAGCUGCAAGACCGACAAAAACAGAUUACACAGCUGCAGAGAAAAAUGAAAGACGUGCAUGACUCCGUAUUAACUAACAAGUCAGCCCUUCACCCUACAACUAAUGGAGAAACCCAUCGUGAUCUUCGCUCACUGCAGCAGGCUGUCGCUACGCUGACACAGGAGGUGGAAGAGAGAGAGAGCGAACUAGAGGAACUCAAAGAAAAAGAAAGUCUUAGUCAACCUUCUUCUCACCUCACACAGCAAAUCAGCACACUUGAGGCGGUUCUGGACAGUGUGUGGAGAGAUCUAGAACAGCGGUGUGGAGCUGUGCAGUGGAGUCUAGAUCAGCAGCAGAUGAGCGAAAGAAUACUGAAGGGUCUCCAGAUACUCCUGCAUGUGGGAACAGAGAAACUCACCUGCACCUCAAACCUGGAGCUCAAGAAUGCACAACAGCUACACACAGAGCUAAGCACACACACGAAGUUUUUCCUGUCUCUGGGCUCGCACCUGCGGAGACUACAGCAGCUGAGUUUGCGGAUGUCAGACAGCGCCCCCUCUGGCUGGGAAACGGCAGUGUCUGAAAUGGAAAGUCAAGUGUCCAGUGUAUUGCAUCAGGCUCAGGGUGUCGGAACAGUUCUGCAUUCAGCGCUUCAGGUUUGGACUCACUGUGAGGAAAAUCAUUCCUGGCUAGAAAUGCUGCUACAGGGCUUAGACACUCAACUUCCCAUAAUGCCUCUGCGACAACAAACUGAGAAGCAGCUGAGCAAAAAUCUUUCAGUCUAUCAGAGUGUUCAGGCGGUUCUGGAGGAGAACAGAGCUCGGGUCGGUCUGGUUCUGGAUGAGGGAUGCAGACAGCAGUUGCAGAUUUCAUUCAGUGAAGUGGGCAUUCCCGUGCAUAUAAUAGGCGUAUCUACUUUAAGACUUGAGCAGCGAUUGGCUUCUCUUCAGAGGAGGGUGGAGCAGGGACUGGACUCCACCCACCAGCUAAAACAGCUUUGGAACAGAUUCCGAAGGGAUUCGGAGGCUUUGAAUGAGUGGAUGGACCAAGCUAAAGAACACCUGCACACAUGGAAAGAUGACGUGAUCUCAGGUGACCAGAAAGCAGACAAAGCCCUCUCCUACUCCAAGCAGUUUACAGAGUUUGUAAAGGAGCUGGAGGAAAAGUCUGCCCUAAAGGCAUCUGUCAUCGGUUCUGGAUCUUUGAUCCUGAUGCUCGGGGAACGAGAGCAAUACGUUGAGACACAAAAGAACAACAAAACCAGUGUUGCUCAUAAAACAUCCUCUGGACAUACAAAAGACCUACAGCCAUCUAAAUCGAGCAACAUCCCUGAAGAAUUCUCAUCAGUAGAUGUCACCGCUUCAUCUGCUGCUGAGGACAAUUUAGAAACCAUGUUUUCCUCAGGUCAAAGCACAUUUUCAACUGGAACCCAUACUACUACAAAGAGUUUAAAUACGGAUAUUACCAAAUCUAGAUAUUCUCAAGAAUGCGUUCAAGACGUUCUUACAACAGACAAUAAUUCGGACAUCUACGCAACCGAGCACAUUUACUCAUUAGAUAGUGUCAGAAAUAAAGACAGUGCCUCUGAGGAACCAGCUUCAUCCACACAAGGAUUGUCUGUUAAACCGGACAUGAUUCUGUCUCCAGUUCUGCUGUCUCUUCAGUCCCAGUUAUCUCAAGUGGAGCAGGACUGGGUGGAGAUUCACUCAAACAUACCCACCGUACAACAGAAACUGCAUCAGGAUGUGGUGAGGAGGCUAUCUCCUGAAGGGCUGCUGACUGAUGUGUGUAGCUGGAUUACAGGGGCUGAGAGCAGGUUACAGGCGGCCGAGCGAGAGGGUUACAACACCUGCAAUGCAACAGAGCUCAGAAACCUGCUCAAAACAUAUCAGGAGAUGAAGCGUGAGAUGAGCUGUCAGCAGAUGUCUAUAGAGUUUAUUAAUCAGUAUGAGCUGAAGAGAGUCGGGUUCGACUCACACACCUGCAGGUACAAACAUACUGCUUUUGCUGAAAGUGUGGGGGACAUCUAUCUGCGCUGGCUCACUCUGCAGGCUUGUCUAACUACACGGCUCCAACAUACUAAAGAGAUGGUGAGGAUCUGUGCGGAGCGUGAGAGUAAACUCCAGCUCUUGCAGAAUUGGGUUAAAGGUCAAAAACGGUGGAUGGGAUUGGCUGAAAGGCCUGUCAGUCGCUCAUUUGCUGAGAAGAGCCUGAAAGACUGUGAAGAGAUAAGGGAAACAUUGAAGUCCAAAUUCUCUGAACUUGCUGAUCUGAGGAUGAGGAGACUUACUCCUGACAAAGCACAUGGAGAUGAACAAUUUAUAUCAAAAGUUGAAAAUCUCUCCCGAUCGUUGAUCGAUCUUUCUCAGCAGGGUACAAACCUUGGGAAUAGUCUGCUGCAUGUGUGUAACGUGUGGUCUCAGUUUGAAAGUGGGAGGAAUCAGGCAGUUCUAAACACAAUGAGGAUUGGCCAAUCACUAGAGUACUGCCACGCCCCUCUGCUCUCCCUCUCCGCCCUCCAGAGCCACAUUGAUAAGCUACAGGUCCUCAAAGACAAAGCACAGGAGUUUGACAUGAUGUGGGAGGAUCUUAGAAAAACUUUCUCAAUCCUUAUUGGUGGAAUUAAUGCAGACUCCGCGCAGAUACUCUUGGAGCAACUAGAAAAAGAAAAAGCAGGGUGGUCAGAGAUGCAGGAAAAGGUGACACACAUCUUGCAAUGGUCACAAAGUCUUGUGAAGAUGUGGCAGAGAUACUCAGUUAUGAAACACACCUGCUCAGAGAAACUCCAGCAUUACAAAGAGCAACUCGCCGUACACACUACAACACCAGCUGAACACGAACAACUUACAUACAACGUUGAGGAGCUGAACACAGUGUCACAGAAAAGCUUGGAGACUCUGCAGGUUGAUGUGGACCAAAUGCUUGAUGAAUCUAAAGAUCUGAUAGAACAGAUGGAUGUUGAAGAUGCUGUUUUCAUCAGGUCAGAGUGUCGCCUGUUAACCCGCGGUUACCUGCAAUUAAACCAAACUCUAGCAGGAAGAAUUCAACACAUGCAGGAGGAUGUUGAACAGUUUCAGGAGUUUGAAAGAUUACUUCAGUCCCUUGAAACACAGUUACAACAGUGGGAAAGCACCCAAAGGACGGAAGGCCAACACACAGUCAUUUCUGAGUCAGGUCUGAUGGAGCUCAGUUCUUUCUCUCCUGAUCUGGAUCUGCUGAACACGCUGAGCUACAGACUGACGCUCAGUGACUCUGCGACACACAGACUGCAGAACCUGAACAGGAGGUGGGCAAAGGCCUCUACACACGCUCAGGAGAGAUGCAGUGAGUUACAGGCAGCCAGUCUGCGGCAGAAGAGCUUCGAACAGAAAUGUGAGAGCUGGCUGGUUUUCCUACAGCGAAUGGAAGACAGUUUGGCUGUAGAAAUCUCAUCAACUUACCCUGGACUAAGAGAACAACAACGCACACAUAAGUGUUUUCAGGCUGAGUUGCCUCUAGGCCAUCAGAUACUUCACACCGUAAUCAGUGAAUCUCUCCUUCUGUUGCACAAGGGGGAGGUGGAAGACAGGAGUGACUUUCUGUUAAAACUCUCCCAGUUGAGAGAACACUGGCAGGGGGCGGUGCAGAGAGCAGCUCAACGGCACGCUCUAGUGGAGGGGCUAAUACAGCGAUGGCACCUUUACACACACACACUGCAGAAACUCCGUAGGCUCCUCACACUCGCACACACACUUCUGUCACCCGCCGGUCCCACCCACUGUAGUGUUCUGCAGCUGCGACUCUCUUUAGAUGAUCUGAAGCGUACUGAGCUGUUGUUUCAAAGGUCAGUGUCUGCCUAUCUGUGUGUGAUGGAGGUGGGCAGGCAGCUGUUCUCUGUGAGUGACAUGCAAACACAGACACAGCUGCAAACAGACCUUGCCACCCUUCAAGAGGACUGGGAGCAAUGCCUUUGCAUGCUAGGAAAGAGAAAGACGCUCACGUCUGACAUCAUUAAGAACUGGGAGACCUGUGAGACCCGACUAGCCGAUCAAGCUCAGUGUCUGGAGGAGUUGAGAUCCAGACUGAAGCAGUCGAUCCCAGAUCAGCAGAGGGAGAUGGAGGAGGAGAACAUCCUUGUAAAGGAGGUUCAUGAUUGUUUGGAGGAUUGGGCCGUCAGUUUGUCCGAGCUCAGCACCAUGAAGACGGACCUCUCCCAGUACAUCCUGACCGAUGAUGUUCUCCUCCUGCAGGAGCAAGUGGAACAUCUACACUGCCAGUGGGAGGAUCUCUGCGUCAGAGUGUCUAUGCGUAAGCAGGAGAUUGCUGACCGGCUCAAUGCCUGGAUCAUUUUCAAUGAGAAGAACCGUGAGCUGUGCGAAUGGCUGACACAGAUGGAAAACAAGGUGGCAGACAGUGCCGAGCUCAGCAUCGAGGAGAUGGUAGAAAAACUCAAAAAGGACUGCAUGGAAGAGAUCAACCUCUUUAGUGAGAAUAAGACGCAUCUGAAACAACUUGGAGAACAACUCAUCACCGCUAGCAACAAAACCAAAGAGACGGAAAUUAACGAAAAGUUAGAGGACAUCAAUGACCGCUGGAAGCAUCUGUUUGAUCAUAUAGAGGCCAGGGUGAGGAAGCUGAAGGAGACUUUAGUAACAGUCCAGCAGCUUGAUAAGAACAUGAGUAAUCUCCGAUCCUGGCUUUUCCGUGUUGAGGGUGAGCUGGCAAAACCCAUCACUUACAACAUGUGUCACAAUGAUGAGAUACAACGGAAACUCACAGAACAUCAGGACUUGCAGAGGGACAUUGAACAGCACACAGACGGAGUGGCGUCUGUGUUGACCCUCUGCGACGUUUUGCUGCAUGAUGCAGAUGCUUGUGGCAGCGAUGGGGAGAACGACUCCAUUCAGCAGACCACGCUCAGCCUUGACCGCCGCUGGAGAAACAUAUGUGCCAUGUCCAUGGAAAGAAGAAUGAGGAUUGAGGAGACAUGGCGCCUAUGGUCCAAGUUUCUUGAUGACUACACACGCUUUGAGGAGUGGCUUAACACAGCAGAACGUACGGCGGCCAACCCGGCCACCAAAGACGUGCUCUACACCUGCGCUAAAGAAGAACUUAAGAAGUUUGAGGCAUUCCAGCGUCAGGUUCAUGAGCGUCUCACACAGCUGGAGCUUGUAAAUAAACAAUACAGACGUUUGGCACGAGAGAAUCGAACCGACGGUGCCAGUAAACUAAAGUUGAUGGUACACGAGGGAAACCAGCGAUGGGACACACUACAGAAGAGAGUAUAUGUGGUGCUCCGCAGGUUAAAGCACUUCACAUCUCAGCGUGAAGACUUUGAAGGGACGAGGGAAGGCAUUCUGGUCUGGCUGACUGAGAUGGACCUUCAGCUCACCAAUGUGGAGCAUUUUUCAGAGAGCGAUAUCCACGAAAAAAUGCGGCAAUUAAACGCAUUUCAGCAGGAGAUCACACUAAACACCAAUAAGAUCGAUGCUUUGAUCGUGUUUGGAGAGAAUCUGAUCCAGAAGAGCGCUCCACUGGAUGCUGUACUCAUUGAAGAUGAACUAGAGGAGCUGCACUCAUACUGUCAGGAAGUGUUUGGAAGAGUCGCCCGAUUCCACCAUCGUUUGAUGAACAGACGGCCGCUUCUGGAGGAGGACAGGGAUUUCUCGGACAGAGACACGGAUCCUGAGGACUCGGCCGAGUUAAGCGGGCUGUGGGAGAGGGAACGGGAUGAAGACGAGGCUGAUAUGGGCUCCAACGUUUCUAUGGCGGUACAGCAGGCCGGGUGUCACCUCAUACCACCCAUUCUGGAGCGCUCUGGGCGUGAAACUCCUGUCAGUGUGGAUUCCAUCCCUCUGGAGUGGGACCACACGGUUGAUGUGGGGGGAUCUUCUUCUCCAGAAGAUGAUGAAGAGUUGACGUACUGCAGCGCUCUAUCAGAUGUAGAGGUCACUGAGUGUUCUGAAUCAUUUGCUAAAGCUCUGAGGGCUGUGACCGGCGGAAGGUCAAUGGAGACAUGGCACUCUCCAGACAUGCCAGACAGAAAACGAAGGAACAGAGACAUGAUCCACAACCUGACUUCUUCACCCGCCGACAACAGCUCACAGUACUACCCAGAGGCAUAUGAUAAACUCAUGUCUGAGUGUGCUGGUAACAUAGACAGUAUCAAGCGAGUAAAACUUAUUCUAGAUGAAGAAGAACUGGACGAUCAUGGACUUACAGCCAGCUCUGCAACAGAUAGGACAGGGGUCAUCGAGCGAUGGGAAAUCUUACAGGUGCAGUCUUGCGAUGUGCCGCAGGACCUUCAGGACUGGCAGAAACUGAACUCUGACCUCUGCGGUGCCACGACAUGGCUUCACACUGUGAUGCCUGAGCUAGAGAAACUUCAAACGCUACAACCGAAAACCACCAUUAGAGACAUUGAGAGCAAUAUCCACAAACUCAAGGAAAUGCAGAAAACGUUUAACAGCUACAAAUCCAUAAUGAUUGGUGUUAAUCUAAGUGGGCGGGGCUUAAGGCACGUAGACAGCACAGAACUACAGGAACUGCGUGAGAAUCUCCAGUCAGUCAAUCAGAAAUGGGCACAGGCAUGUGCGGCGCUGGACAGCUGGGAACGUAGACUGCAUCAAGCGCUCAUGGAGUGUCAGGAGUUCCACGAGACUCUUCAUUCUCUGCUUCUGUGGUUAGCUAAAGCCGAGAGCCAGCGUUACAUGGUCAACAUCCACGACCAAAACACAGACAUCAACAUCCUUCGAGAGCAUCAGGACACACUCAAGGCUGUUCAGCAGGACUUACUUUCUCGUGAGAAGGAAUUCUGCUCCCUGCAGGAGAUCUCCUCUCAGAUCUUGCUACAGGACCAGGGAGAAGACACGCUGGAGGCCAAAGAGAAGGUUCACGUCAUCAGCAACAAACUACGGCUGUUGAUCAGACAGAUCGCACAGGACCUGCAGACGCUGCAGACCAGACUAUAUUUAUCUGUUUCUGAUAUGCGAGGGACAGCGUCAACACAACAUCAGGAUAGCCCAAGGGAUGGAGCUGUUACACUGGGAUCUCCCGCCAGUUUAAAGCGGGAUAAGUCAAAUUCAUCCCCCGGAAGGCCAUUUCUGUAUCGUGUGUUGCGAGCUGCUCUACCGCUUCACAUUAUUUUUCUUCUCCUGCUGGUUGUGGCCUGUCUGGUGCCUCUCUCAGAAGAUGACUACAGCUGUACUCUCUCUAACAACUUUGCCCGAUCAUUUUACCCCAUGCUCCUCUAUACCAACGGACCCCCACCCACAUGAGAAUGAGAACCCUUGUACCCAAGAUUGUAGAAUUAGAGGCAGGAAAUUGAUCUUUCCUGGUCACUUCUUGGAUAGAUGUCCUGUAGCAAUACAAGACACAUAACUUUUACUCCAACAGUCAGAACCAUGCAAUUGUCUAAGGUCUGUUGCUUACAGAAUGUGAUUGCUAUAAAGCUUUGUGUACAUGAAACUUCUCCUCAAGAACCUGUGUGUUUGAAAUAUGUAUAUAUAUAUAUAAAUUAUUUGAAAACUUUGUGGGAAAAUACAAGGGGCAAGAAAGCCUCAGCAAAGGUGCACUGAAACUGUAGUAUAUCAGCGGAGAACUCAUCAGCCAUUGAGAGAUAUUUGGUCUUGGUCACACAAUAAGAAAUGUAUUUAUUUUUUAAAUGUAAAUGACACAAUAAUUUUACUCAUAGCUAUCAUAGAUUCUAAGCCAUCUGUAUUUUUAAAUAGAAACCCUGAGGUUCACCUGAUGAUCAGGUUAUAUGUUUAUAUACACUGACUGAAUAAGUAAUGCUACAAUCCAAGGUGAUGUGCAGUGACUUGCAAUGAUUAUAAUAUUUUAUUUUUAGCUCUUUUAAUUGCUGUUUUCUUGGUUAUAGCCAUGGAGGUUAGGUAUGAAGAGAGCUGUCAGGGUGUGUGCAAAUUAUAAGUCUUUUAUGUUUAAUUUAUUAUUAUUUUAGCCUAAUGUUUGCUGGCUAUAUUAUAUUUUGUGUAUGUUUGUGUGAAUAAGGUAGAGUAUAACUAUUGAAAUUAUUAAAUUAUCAAAUGCUUAAUGUCAACAGAGAUUUAAAAUAAUGUAUUUUUUCUGCUUAAGCUCUAUGGGUUUGUAAUCGGUUGCUUAGUAGUAGACUUUGGUGUCCAUUUGGCUCUUUGGAUGGUGUCUCACACUGAAUUAUGUGAACGUAUUUUCGUUGAAACAGGUCAUAAAAAGAUUGAAAGAGUCUAGUGACAAUAUAUGUUACGGCUCUCAUGUCAAAACCUACACAUGGAAAUUCAAAGUUGGUGGAAAAAAAACUCUUGUCACAUAUUCACUUUCACUUACUGCCAAAGUACCAAACUUUGUUUUGUUCUCAAUUUACUUAAGACUGUUUAUCUCCUGAUCAGAUGAUGUGUUUAAAUUAAAUUGGUUCAGAUUGGUUCAACUAAAAUACAUCAUAAAUCACAGAGAAACAUUCACUUCAUUACGAAUUUAUUUUGCAGAAAAGUAGCACUGCCAAUGUGAGACGGUGGAAAAAGACGAUAGAGAUAAGUGUGCAGUUUGUGCUUUUUUCUCAGUUUGAAGUUGCUUUCUACAAGUAAACACAUAUGUGUUCCCUCAUCUCAUCCCCACGGCCUCAUUUAACGUCUCUGUUUACAGUUUGCCAAUAAAAAUGUUUUGGUCA